AUGAUUGACAGAAGCGGUAGAUACGACAGACACAUAGCAAACACCAAGGUUUCGCCAAUGCGUUCCAGCCACACGGUACGUCCUCACAAGCAACUUAUGCCGUCUUCAGAGCAACCACACGGAGAAUCUCCACAUUUGCUUGGUCAAUCCCCGCGAUCGGACCUCACUUCAGCUCAUCCAAGAGACUAUCAAUGUCCAUGUUGCUUUGGCAUCCCAAACAUCACGGUCAUCGCUAUUACCAUGUCCAGCAGUGGUAUCUUCCCUUUCUUCUCGUUAGCACGCGAACUUCGGGAUCUCAUCUACUCCCAUUGCCUCAAGAAAUCCACCAGCAUCGAACUCAGCAACGAGAUUCGAUUUCAUGUUCACGAGUAUCCUUACCCACAUCUCUUCCGCGUCAACCGUCAAUUUGGAAAGGAACUUCGAGAGGUCGCAGAGGAACAUGCUUCCCUACACAUAUACAGCACAGCCAUACCUGGCGGCCCCAAACCAAAACUGCUAGCCGUAAUUCCUGGUGGCCUGAGAAUGAUUAGGAACAUCAGUUUCGAACUCAACUGCUGGAAUGGCCACGACAUCGUGAGCGACCUGACAGCUCAAGACGAAUGGAUAACCACUAUCAUCCACGAUCUGGACCCAGACAAAUCAAAAGAUCUCUCGUAUCACAUCAACCUCAUGUCACGAAGCAAGAUCCCUGACGGCGAGGCUGCGAUCCUUUGGUCGGGGAUAUGGAUCGACAUGCACAAUCUGAAGGAGCUGCUUAUUAUGCAGGCUGGGGAGGUGCUGAGUCGAUGGGAUGGUGGGACGAACCAGUUUGUGAGAGUUGCGAGAGAGGGGUAUGAGGGUGGUGGUGGUGGUGGGGAGAAUGUUUGGUUGAAUACUGUGAGGGAUGUGUAA